AUGGUAUUCAACCUCGCCGCGCGAGUCAACCCAAGGAUCCGAUUUUCUACUCCCUUUCCACCCGUAAUUCCAUGUUUGACGUCGAUUGUCAACACGCCAACGUCUGAGCCAUUGCCAUGGUACUUGCAGCAGUGGGCACAGAAAAACCAGGAGCAAGCCAUGAUGGCUUCGCACAACGAGUCAGCAGAUUUCUUGCCUAUCCAGCAUCCCAUUACCCAGGACGAACAAAUGGAAGAUGAUAGUGGCGAGAAGCUUGUGGCACUGGGUCUAUACGAUCUUCCUGAACCGUCCAUGUCCUGGGAAACGGAGCCAGCAACAGGCAAGGGCUUGAAACUUGAGGAGACCUGGCAACCACCCGAGGAGGACGAUGAAGAAGAUGCGGAUGAUGCAAGCUCAGAAGCCAGCGAGGAGCCUUCGCCACCCCUUCCUGCCGUAAAUGACUGCAACCAACAACUGCAACUGCCUGUUCACGUCAAGGCUCAAACACCCGGCAGCAUGGAUGGACAGAGCUUCUUCUUCGACGAUGACGAGACGGCAACCAAGGAAUGGUGGUACCACCAAGCCAAGCAGCCCUCCAUGCCAGUGCGGGACAAUGGCAUGGGAUACGCAUGGCUGUAA